AUGGGAGCACCUCAGGAAGCCAUAACAGAGGAUGAGAUUGUUGGAAUGGAGCUGCCAAACACAACAAAUUCCAAGAAUGCAUUCACAGAAUUAAUGUCCAAGAAACCUAUUGAUCACCAAAAAUCUCCUGGAAAGUCCGACAAGCAUGCGGGCUCUUCCAAAUCGAAGACGAAAACGUCGUUCGAUAGAAGGGACGGCUUAGGAGUAUACACAGUCGACCCCUAUGCUUAUGAUAGAGUCUUGUUCAACAACGAGAAUGCCGUCAUUAUUCAGGACAUGUUUCCCAAAUCAUCAGUCCAUCUGCUGGUUCUUCCAAAGUCAGAGCGCAAUUUACUGCAUCCGUUUGACGCAUUCGAGGACCCACAACUUCUUGCAGAUAUCAAAGUCGAAGUGGAGAGAGCGAAACAGAUGGUGGCGAGCGAGCUGCGACGGAAGUACGGCCAGUUCUCCAAAUCGGAACAAGCACGAAUUCAAGCCAGAGAUGCCGAUGACCCUCCAGAAGUCCUUCCAGAAGGUCGUGAUUGGAUGAAGGAGAUCAUCACGGGUAUCCACGCUGUGCCUUCGAUGAACCACCUCCAUGUCCACGUCAUGUCGCGAGACAUGGUGAGCGAUUGCCUGACAAGAAGCGCUCAUUACAACAGUUUCCAGACGUCGUUCUUGGUCCCCCUGGAGAAGUUUCCUCUGGCAAAAGAUGAUCCCAUACGCCGACUUGGUCAGGGGCCUUGGCAUACUGUUGAUCUUGUUUGUUGGCGAUGCAAGAAGAAUUUUGGGAAUAGGGUGACCAAGUUGAAGGCGCAUCUUGCACAAGAGCUCGACCAGUCGAAGAGAGAGUAG